GGGGCGGCGUUGCGGCGCCUCUCUCGGAGAGUUGGUGCCGGGCGGGCGGGCGGGCGAGGGGAGCUGGCGCAGAGCGAGGCGCCGUUUCCAUGGAUCGAGCUACCCGCUGUCCGCCUCGCGGGCUGGGCGUGGAUCCCUGCCGGGGGUUGGCUCCGGUUGGAGCCCGGACCCGGGAUAACGGCUCCUACUGCCCCGAAGCCGCCUCUGUGCUCCGCCCCGCGCCCCCGUAGCCGGGUGCUUUGCGGGGGGGAGGCUCCCUGCGAGGGGAAUCUCCUCGGCGUUUUGUUUCUUUACUGCUGGCUGAAGCAGGGACGUGAAAGGCUACACGGUGAACGGAGACUUCCCGUUAACCAGACCUUAAGCGCUAACCCCCCUAGCGCGCCGCCCGGGCCCUCGGCGGGACGCCAGCCAGUUAACCGGUUACACGAAGUAGUUUAACUUUUUGCUCUGAUACUUGCACCCCUAAAUGAGAGCGGCUCAGCGGAGAUGUCAAUAGUUGAGCCAGUCGCCACCUGUCUUUCCCCUGCAGUGCAUUAUAUGGUUUGCAAACUUGGAUUUGAGAUAAAAGAAAGCCUUUCUGUUAAUAGUAUCGUGUAUGAAAAUGGUGAAGUGUGUUGGAAAACAAUCACAGAGCUCGUGUAUUGCCUUGAAUCAGAUCAAAGUGUGGAUUAUAUAAAAAGUGUGCAGCUGUUAGGACCUUUAUGCGAAUCUGUUCAUUUGCAUCUACAAUCUCUGACAAUGGAACAGUUCAAAUUACAAUACUUAUUGUGGUUCCAGUGGACAAACCAUACAGAGCUACUUCUGGAAGUUUUUGCUGCACUACAGAGCACAGAAGCUACAGCAAUUGCACUUAGCUUAAUGAAACUAACAUCAUGUCUAGAGCGAGCCUUGGGAGAUGUUUUCUUAUUAAUUGGUAAGGACUGUCCGUUCCUUUUAAGAGAUUUGCUUGCAUCUCAGGAGCUUGCAAAAGUCUUUGGACAAUCUGUGAUGAAUGUACUAAGAGUAUUCAUUGGGUCUCCAUGUGGUCUAAAUCUCCGUAACAUUUUGUGGCAUGGAUUUGCUUCCCCUCAAGAAAUUCCUGCAAAAUAUUGCUCUGUGCUGCUUUUUUUAACUGCAGGAUUGGGCCAGUUGCUAAGGAGAUUCCUACUGCAAACUGAAACCAUUUUAAUACAUCGCCCUUAUAUAGUCUUCCCAAAUGUAGGGGAGUUGGACAUUUUUCCAGAUCUUAAUCAUGAAGCACUUUCCUUAACUGAAGAACUAGCAAAGAUAUCCAGUUUUGUGUUAAAAACAAUGUUACCAUUUUGGGUUGCUGCACUAACAGCUUUCAGGCAACAUAGGUAUGCUGACUGUGUUAUACUGUUACUCCCUCAGCUGGAAACUGGACUUAGAUUACUCUUCACCACAGUUAAUAAAUGUCCAAAUAGACUGCUAACUGCUGAAUCCUCUUCUCUUUAUACCACUUUUGAUGAGAUGCUAACAAAACAGUUGAGUGACAAAGAGAUCAAUCAGCUUCCUCUAAUUCUUGGAGAGCCUGCAAUGGAAUUCCUUUGGGAUUUCUUGAACCAUCAAGAGGGUCCUCGUGUAAGAGAUCAUUUAAGCCAUGGUGAGGUCAACUUAAAUGAGUUUCCAAGAGAAAUAGCCAAUCAGAUACUUGCAUUUUCAAUUACACUUUUAUACAAAUUUUCAGAAGAGGAGGAACUCUCAGAACUUAAGGAACACACAGUCAUUAAACCACUGAUCAGCUGUGCAAGUUGCUACCACUCUCGGUUUCAUCCAGUUGCCCGACUUAAGAAACAGGUGCUGGAAUGUAUGAAGAGCAUUUGUUCCUGGCCUGAGCUCCCUGUAGUACCCGAAGAGCAAAUUCAAGAAAUUACAGGGUUGGAAAGAAGUGCAGAUACUAGUCCCUGUAUUUCUGUCACUACAGAAAUCCUUUCUCAAUUGCAAAACUAUUUGCCUCAGAAUUGCUUCAUUUUAAAUGAUCCAGUGAAUAAUCUUCUAACUGAGAAGCUAUUGAUUGAACUCUGUAAUACGCACAUUUGUACUCUCUACUGUCCACGUUCUGUACUGGAAAUAUUGGUUCUGCUCCGUAAGAUAAGCACACAGUGCCAUCAAGUGUCAGAUCAAGUUAUUGCCAGCAGUGAAAUGAAGUACAAACAGUGGAUAAAUAAGAUGCUGCGUUCUCGCCAGAGGCACAACUAUCUACGAAUGUUAAACAGCAUUAAAUUUUUGUCUCCUGUGUUACGGCUGAUUUUAAUUUUGAUGACGCUGGAACUAAUCAGCAUCCAUACUGUUUGUGAGAAGAAUCCUUAUGAUUAUCAGCAGUAUCUAAAGUUUCUAAAGUCAGUCCUGCAGUAUACUGAGAACUUGGUAACAUACACAAGCCCAGAAAAGAACAAGUGGGAUGAAUCAUUGGAGCUUACGCACAAAACGUUGAUAAAAAUUAGGACUUUCAAUGAGAGAAAGCAAACAUUAAUGCAGUUAGCGACACAAAUAAAGUUGUUUUGAAAAGGCGUGGUUUCUGGUACAUCUUAAAACUAUUUUUUUUAAUGUCUCAAAACUUCAUGUGGCCAAAAUUAUUAGAAUCAUUCUACUCCUCUCUUUAACUGCAGCUUCCAUCAAAAUGCCUUUGCAAGCAGAAUUUGGCAUUUACUUAGUGACAGUGUUGAUGAUUGGAGUUGGAUAAUUGCACUUCCUGAAAAUGGAAUAUUUGUCAGGUGCUUGAGACUUAGACUGAGCUUUCACUUCAAAAUAAUUUAAAUGUAUCUAUUAUUUAAGUGUACGGUGUGUGCUUUCUAUUAUUUAAGCGUACUAUGUGCUUUAAAGCUUGAUUUUAAAAAAAGUUUUUUUACAGUGUAUCUGAAAAUGACCAGGAGGAAAACAACUAAAAUAAAUGUGUUGGGAAUAAUGAACUAAAAAAUGUCAGCGUGGUGAAGCUAAUAUUUGGCCAUUUUCAUACCCACACAUCACCCAUUAUCUUUCAUGUGCCCUUAAAAAAUCCCCCAACAAAAAAUUUACAACAAUUUGAGUUAACAGCAUUUCUUGAAAUCCCUGUUCACUAGUUUUAGCACAGAAAUGGGCAAACCUUGGUGUUUUGUCCCCCUCCCACCUGAGAGAUACAGCUAUAUCUAGAAUUUGCUUACAUAUAAUACUGUUUACAUGUGAAAACACACUAGCACAUUUUUGUGUUCCCAGCAGAAGUAUUCAGCAGUGUAUUUUUACACUCUUGUCAUGGACCCUUUUUUGGUUAAUUUAAUUAGAACAUAAGAAUGGCCAUAUUGAGUCAUACUAAAGACCCAUCUAGCACAGU